GUGCAACCUUUUUUUUUUCUUUCUUUUUUCUCUCCAUCGUGCACCCCACGCACUCACCCUGCGCGUGCUCAAACCCCUACAAACACAUUACAACAGCAGCAACAACAACACCACAAAGUGUGUAUGUGUUCCUUUGAAGCCCUGUCUUCAAGUCUUUGCACGCAUUUUCCUCUUUCUCUGUUGUGUGUCUCACGUUUCAACAACCUGCAGAAGAAGCUGAAGCUAUGAUGGGUAGACUUGCACCAUUAUCAGAAGAACCCAUCAAUGAAGAAAACGAAGGCUACAACAAUAGUAACUCAAAGAAAUGCCUUCAGUCAUGGAGGAACUGGAAUUGGAUCAAGACUCAUUUUUCCCUUGCCUUCAACAAAAAGUCCAACCUCAAGAUCCUCCUUAGUGUCUUGGGUUGCCCUUUAUUUCCUGUGCCUGUCCACCCCAUUCUACCCCUCAAUGAGGUGUCAUCUUCGGCACAGUAUAUCAUACAACACUUCAGGGCUGCAACAGGGUGUAGGAAGUUGGAGGGGACAGUGAAGAAUGUGUUCACAACAGGGAAAGUGACAAUGGAUGUGGUGGAUGAGCUUGGAUCCACAAGUGGUGGCAUUAAUUUGGAGAAAGGGUGCUUUGUUAUGUGGCAAAUGGUUCCUGAUAAGUGGCAGAUAGAGCUGGUUUUGGGUGGCCAAAAGGUUGUGGCUGGUAGCAAUGGUGCCAUUGCUUGGCGCCACACGCCUUGGCUUGGCGUGCAUGCUGCCAAAGGUGGUGUCCGGCCUCUUCGCCGUGCUCUUCAGGGACUAGACCCUUUGGCAGUGUCUGCUGUAUUCUGUGCAGCACAAUACAUGGGGGAGAAAGAAAUCUCAGGCAUGGAUUGCUUUGUGCUGAAACUCUCAGCUGAUCAGAAAGACCUUGUUGAGCGCAGCGACAACACGGCCGAGAUGAUCAAGCAUGCCAUAUUUGGUUACUUCAGCCAGAGAAGUGGCCUUUUGGUGUACCUAGAGGACUCUUACCUGACCAGGAUUCAGGCACCAGGGUCUCACCCCACAUACUGGGAAACCACAAUGUCAACCAAGAUUGAGGACUAUAGAAUUGUGGAUGGUGUGAUGAUUGCACAUGCUGGCUCAUCGACCGCGUUGAUCACCAGGUUUGGGGACAACCUGAAGGCUGGACCAUCCAUCACAAGGUUGGAAGAGUCAUGGACCAUUGAUGAUGUUGCAUUCAAUGUGCCAGGGUUGUCCUUGGACUGCUUCAUACCUCCUCAGGAACUACAGAGAGAUUGUUCUUCAGAUGAUGAGCUAGAUUGGAGAUCAUUCACCCUUGCAUAGAUGAUAUAUACAUGGAAACUUGUAAUUGUUUAGUGCUUUUGUUUUUUCGCUACACAAAUGGUUGAUGAUGAUGCUAAUUGUUACUUAACAUGUAUAAUGCUUUUGUAAUUGUAUUACACUAUCACAUUCUAGGGUCAUAGAUGGCAGCUAUUGGCUGUUGAUAUUGAAUUCGAUUUUUUGAGUUUGUUUUGCGUGUUGUAUUGAUAUAAGAAGUUGACUUGUGUAUGAAGCCAUUUUUUUGUUGGUGAAGAUUAUAA